GAAAAAGAAGACAUAAACAGUGACCACACAUUUAGAGAUAGGGAAGUGAAAAAAGCAUUACAAAGCCAGUGCAUUUUUAUCACCUGCAAACAUAAACAGUGUCCUCGGUUUAGUUUUCUUCUACUUCAUUCUGGAUCAAUGGCUUUUGUGUUAUGGCAAACGUUGAAAGAAUCAAUCACAGCAUACGCAGAACUCUCACCUGUGACUUUGCUUACAUCUCUAACCUUGGGACUUGCCUUGUUCUACGCUAUUUCGGUGAUGUUGAGGCCUUCUGCUCAGCCACACCAGCAAGUCGCAGUGCUGGAAGACAAGAAUGAAUUAGCUGCUGUCACUUCAUCCCCUCUAUGGGAUGUCUUUUUGAGUUUUCGUGGCCAAGACACUCGCAAAAAUUUCAUUGGACAUCUUUACCUUGCUUUGGAUCAGGCAGGGAUCGUAACCUUCAAAGACGAUCCUGCACUUGAAAAGGGUCAAGAAAUUUCAACAGGACUGCGUAAAGCAAUCAGAAAAUCUAAGAUGUUUGUAGUUGUUAUCUCAAAGAACUAUGCUGAUUCGUCGUGGUGCCUUGAUGAGCUUGUAGAGAUCCUGAGUUGCAAGAGAACAAAGAAUCAGGUUAUUCCCGUAUUUUACUAUGUUAAUCCAUCAGAUCUACGAAGCCACACGGGGAGUUUUGGCGUAGCUCUUAAAACGCAUGAGAAGCGUCACUCUGUCGAUAGGAUUCAAAAGUGGAAAUCCGCGCUGACUGAAGUUGCAGGUCUAUCAGGUUACCAUUUGAAACUCACGACAGAAGAGAGUGAAGCAGAUACAAUUCAAAAAAUUGUUGAGAUCGUAUUGUCACAAGCAUCGACAGAGGUCGUCCACCUUGAAAGAUUUCUAUUUGGGAUAGAUCGUGCUGUCGAAGAGAUAUAUCGACAACUAAGCGUGGAAUCAUAUGAUGUUCGGGCCCUUGGAAUAUGUGGAAUGGGUGGAAUUGGGAAAACGACGAUAGCCAAGGCCUUCUACAACAAGUACGCUCAAAAAUUUGAUAUAAGUUGUUUCAUGGAAAAUAUAAAACAGAAUUCACAAGGAGCUGGUCCUCCACUUCCUUUACUUCACCAACUCUUGAAAGAGCUUCUCAGAGUGAAGGAUUUGAAGGUCCGUGAUUGUGAAAGUGCACUACGAAAGUUGAGAGAGAUUCUAAGUUCUAACAAAGCUCUCAUUGUUUUUGAUGAUUUGGACCAGUCAAAUUAUUCGGAAUUGGUAGUAAGGAUUUGCAAUCUGUUGUCAGAUGGUAGCAGAAUGAUAAUUACAGCAAGGGAUUUAAACUUGCCAAAUCAACUGAAAGUGGAAAUGUCAAAAGUAGAUACAUAUGUGGUGAAGCCUCUGGAUGAAAUCGAUUCACUAGAGCUCUUUAGCUAUCAUGCCUUUAAAAGAUCAAAGCCUCCCAGAAAAUACUUAGCUCUGUCUAAAAGCUUUGUUACUUAUGCGGGAGGCCUUCCACUAGCUCUAAAGGUGUUGGGUUCAUCUUUGUGCGGUAGGACCGAUGUGUCAUUCUGGAAAGUUAAAUUGGAAAAAGUUCAAAAAAUUCCAAUGGAAAAUAUCCAAGGCAUCCUUCAACUGAGUUACGAUGAGUUAGAAGAUGACACACAAAAGACUAUUUUCCUUGAUAUUGUGUUCUUCUUCCUGGGAAAGAAGAUAGAUGAGGCUAAUGAUGUAUUCAGAUCAUGUGAAUUUUUUCCGGAGUGUGGGAUACCAAUUCUAGUUGAGAGAUGUCUACUAAUCAUUGAUUCUGAUAAUAGGCUUCGAAUGCAUAAUCUUAUACAAAAUAUGGGGAGGAACAUUAUUCAUGAAGAAUCCAAACAUGGCGGGUGUCGGCGCUUGUACUUGGAAGAAGCAUCACAUGCUUUGCCAAAUCAGGACAUGGAUAAAAUUGAAGCCCUGGUAAUAGAUUGUACAAUGUCUAUCAACAAAUACUGCAAUGCCGAGCUAUUUGAAAGGUUGCCAAACCUGAGAUUACUAAAAUUAGUUGAUGUCUAUGAAAUCAAAGGAAAUUUCAAAGCUUCAUUUCAUGAGUUGAGGUGCAUAAGUUGGCAUGGUUGUUCUUGGACGCAUUUACCUUAUAGUGUUCACAUGCAAAAGCUUGUUUUCUUGGACAUGCCAUUUAGCAGACUUGAAACAUUAUGGAAGAUUGCUAAGUUGCCAUCCUUGCGCCACUUGAACUUGGAAGGAUGCAAAUACUUGAAGGAAUUGCCCCACUCCAUUGGACACUUGACUGCUCUUUACCAUUUGAAUUUGAAUGAUUGUGUCAAGCUAAAACGACUUCCCAAACCCAUUACACAAUUGACUACUCUGAGUUGUUUGAAUAUGAGCAAAUGCAGCCAUCUGAAACUAUUGCCGGUGCAGUUGGGCGAAUUGAAAGGCUUACAGAGGCUUGAUGCAAGUUAUACAGCAGUUGAGCAACUGCCAGAUUCAAUGGCUCACUUGAAGAAUUUAGUCCAUUUGGAUUUGAGCUAUUGCGAGAAGCUUAGAAAGUUACCUGAGCAAUUUGGGAACAUGGAAGGCUUGGAGAAGUUUGAUGCAGCUGACAGUGCAAUCGAACAACUGCCAGACUCGUUUUCAAACCUGCUUAAUUUGUACUCUCUGAAUCUGACUGGAUGUUCGCAGCUGAAGAGAUUGCCUGAGCAGUUGGGGAAGAUGCAGUGUCUAGAAAAGCUGUCUGCGUCUUAUUCAGCAAUUGAAGAAUUACCGGAUUCUAUUGGAUCACUGCCUAGGAUAAAAGUGUUGGAUUUCAGCAAAUGCGAGAAGCUUACAUGUGUUCCAAAUAGCAUCCGCAAUCUUAAAUCACUUAAAUAUUUAUAUCUUAACUCGGAUGAGGACAUAAUAAAAAUGGAGUUGAUUGAGGCUGUGAAUAAUAUGAAGUUGAAGUACCUGAGUCUGAGUUGCAAUAUAAGAGUUUGGUUGCCGUUCAUUCUAAGUUUUUCUUCUCUGAGAUCAUUAAUUCUCCGUGAUGAGUGCGGGAGUCCCUUCCCAACCAAACCCUUUAGUUUCUUUCAACUUUUCAACCUUGAAUUUCUUUAUUUGACUAACUGUACAAGCCACGGGUCCUCCUUUCCCGAACUACCACUCAAUUUAAGAAGGUUGCAGGUAGAUAAUCACGCUUCACUAGAACAACUACCUGAUUUGUCCUACCUCAAACAUUUGGAGUUUAUGGACAUAAUGAGAUGCUGCAGCCUUCAAUCUCUCCACAAACUUCCACCUCAUGUUGAAUUCCUUACAGUUGAAGAUUGUACAAGCCUACAAGACUUCCCAGAUGUGUCAAUGUUGAGCGAUUUAAAACGACUGAAUGUUUUGCGCAACGGCAGCAAUUUAAAAGUCAGUUUAGAGGAGAAUCACCUUCAGCUAAGCAAAUUUGGAGCAAUUCUACAAAACAGGGAAAUUGCAGAGUGGUUUGACUAUAAAAACAGGGGAGGGUGCACACUAUCUUUUCAUGUUCCACCAACCUCGGGAGAUAACUUCGUGGGUGUCGCCUUGUGGGUUAUUUUUAAAAGCUCCUACCAAAACAAUUUUAAAGUUGUUAUUACAAAUAAAACUGAGAAAACAACGACAACGGCCCCGAUUACUCUUGGUUAUAUUGAUGUUGAUGACGUGGUAUCGACUAUAUAUUGUUUAAGGGAAGAAGACGUCUUAAAGAGCGGAGACAACAUUAUGAUUUCUUUCGAGGAUGAUCGGGCUUUUGGAAUAGAAGUGAAAAUGUGCGGAGCUCACAUACUAAAAUACCCUUUCCAGAAGAGUCUUCAGGCCUAGCCAAAUAAAAUGUUGUAAAUUUUUCUUCACAAAAUUGUUGUAUAAUUAGAAAGCUUAAAUUUGGAUAAUUCGUCGGAAU